AGAAGUUGUGCCUGCGAGUAACUCUUGAAGUAGGGGGAUGUAUACCUUCUGAAUUGGCCAACACAGCCAGAAUCAGCAAAGAAACAGUAAAGAAGAACCACAGCAGGUUGAAAAACAAAGAUCAAGGACCUUGAAACGGUGAGUUUUGCUCUGGAGGCGAAAAAAGAGGCGAAUUAGGGUUUUUUGCUUCUCUUGCACGCUCCGAUGCCGCCGGAGGCUACUCCGCCGCGGGAUGACGAGAUUGUGAGUCAGGUGAACGUGGAUAGUGGUGUGGGGAUGGAGGAAGGUGAGAUUUUGGCCAGCAGUUCAGUGGAGGAAACGCCACAGGGGGUGAAGGAAACAGAGGUAUUGGUAAUCAGUGACGAAGUAGUAUCGGCUGCAAAAACUGAAAGCACGGGAGGGGAGAAGCUUUCAGUAAAUCUGGAGAUAGUACAACCCAAACUGAAAGGAUCGUGGGUACAAGCGGUGCAGAAGGAAGGGAAGAUGGAAAAAGUUGAUCUAGCUAUAGAGGAAGUAGAUGGUAUACCGACGGCUAGAAUACCAGAUAGUGUGUUUGAGGAAGCUCAGCCACUAUGGGAGGACUUCCUGGUGGGGAAAUUUUUAGCAAAGGCUCCUUUCGUGGGGGGAAUCCAUGCACUAGUGAACAAGAUUUGGACACUAGGGGAUAAAACAGUGAAGAUUGAUGUAUUCGUGGUGGACAGGACAACAGUGAGAUUUCGCAUUAAGGAUGAACGCACGAGAGCAAGAGUGCUCAGAAGGGGUAUGUGGAACCUAUGUGGUGUUCCAGUGGUCUUAUCAAAGUGGACACCCAUAGUAGACACAGUGCAGGAGGAAAUCAAGACUAUACCUCUGUGGGUUAUAGUUAAAAAUGUUCCACCAAAGUAUUUCUCUUGGAAAGUGCUGAGUGCUAUUACUAGCCCAUUAGGAACUCCAAAGAAGUUACACCCGGAAACAGAGGCCUGCAAAUCUUUUGAGGAGGCAAAGGUCUUUGUAGAGGUGGAUCUUACAAAGACCUUGCCUAAGUUCUUCUCAUUCAAAUCUGAACGAGGUGGGGAUACAGUGGUGGAGUUUGUAUAUCCUUGGUUACCACCAAGAUGUACAGAAUGCUCCAAGUGGGGUCAUCUACACCAAGAUUGCAUUUCAAAAAAGGAGAAAGCAGAGGUGGUCACUAGAACAAUAUCCGAAGGAACGGAGGUUGCCGCAGCCACAACAUUGGUGGAGACAAUGAAAACUGUGGCUGACAGCCCUGUAACUAUUGUUAGUCCGACACAAGAAGCAAACAGUAUGGAGAAGUUGGGAAAUGCUCCAGGGGAGAACCAGGAAUGGUCCACCCCAACUAAAGUUACACGAACUCCUGAAAAGAAUAAAGAGCUUAAGUACGGAGAGGUGUCUAUCAUGACCAAUUCUUUUUCUUGUCUUAGUGACAAAGGAGAAAAAGGAGAGGAUGUAGUCACUACAGAGGAAGCUGAAAUUGAGUUGGAGGAGGCUGUGGAUACUCAAGAGAGUAUGACGGAAGCAGACAAACUUGAGUUGAACAAAGUGGAAAGUAAUAGUGAGCCACAAGAAGCAGGGAUGACGCUGCGGCAAUCUCUUCCCAGAGCUUCGAAGGAGGGUAAACAGCGAGUUGUCAGAGAUUGGAUGAGGGAGGGUAAAUUUGAUUUUGGAUGUUUAAUCGAAACAAAAGUGAAAGAAAGCCGAGCUGAACGGAUUGCUAAUGUGGUAUUCCCGGACUGUUCUCUUCUAUCUAACUAUGAAGAUCACAGACUAGGAAGACUUUGGUUGGUGUGGAAAAACAAUGUGAGAGUUACUCCUCUCUAUAAGACUUCACAAAUGAUCACAGUAUCCAUCUAUAUCGAAGGACGUACGGAGGAAUUCUUUGUUUCUUUUAUCUAUGCGUCAAAUUUUGCGGCGGAUAGGAAGACUCUAUGGGGUGAUCUCCGACACCAUCACGACUCUCCCCUAUUCCAAAACAAAGCAUGGCUAAUUUGUGGGGAUUUUAAUGAGAUAUUGGAAGGUGAUGACCACUCACUUUAUGAUACUUCUCCAUCGGUCCCUCUUGGAAUGAGAGAUUUUCAAGAUUUAGUUAGGUACUGUGAAUUUACAGACAUGAGUUAUCAAGGCAAGCGGUUUACUUGGUGCAAUAAAAGGCAAGAAGAUCAUCAAAGGUGUCGAAUUCAAAUUGCUGAAAGGGUGACCAGAAUUCAGAGGCCUUUCAAAUUUGUAAAUACAGUCACAAUGCAUCCUGACUACCACAGGGAUCUUGAAGAAAAAUGGCGAAACUCUCAGCCUCUUUUCCACUCAACAGUUGCAAUGUAUAAGAUGUCUAAACAGUUGAAAGAGCUCAAGCCUAUGUUAAGAAAAAUGGGAAAGAAGAUGAUAAGUGAUAUCACUAUACGCACCAGAGCAGCUCAUAAAGCUUUAUGUGAACUGCAGGCGGUGACGAUGGCCACUCCUUCUUCACACGCAGUUGCUGCAGAAGCUGAGGCUUACGAAAAGUGGAGACGGCUAUCUGAUAUCGAAGAAAGAUAUCUUACACAAAAAGCAAAGUUACACUGGAUGAAGAAUGGGGACCAAAACAACAAAACAUUUCAUGCGGCCGCGAAACUUCGAGAAGUUCGAAACAACAUCAGAGAGAUCAGGUGCGAAGAUGAGCAUUAUGACUUUCAGAUGUGAUGCAAACGACAAGGCACUGCUGACCAAUGAAGUCU